AUGCAUCAAAAAACGCUUGAAAUUGAAAAGGGCGAAAGUUUUGAUGAAAAGAUUGCCAAAGUUCCAAUUCUAAACAAUUUGAAAAGUAUUAGUCUUGUUUUAGAUUAUGACUAUGCAGAUUACUUAUUGAGCUUUCUUUUACUUUGUCCCAACUUGGAAGAAUUUCAUUUUAUUUAUGAAGAUGAUUUCACUGAUAGACAUUUAGAGGUUUUGGCAGAAACUUGUCCAAAAUUGAAGAAAUUUUCUUUGAAAUGUUCAGAUUCUGGUUCAUCUUUUGAAGCAUCUAUUUCAGAUAGUGGAAUAAUCAAUUUUUUAGAGAAACUACCAAAUUUGGAAUAUAUAGAUAUUCCAGCUGCGUGUGAAAUUUCAGGAUCUUGCCUUCAAAAACUUGGAAAUUUCCCCAAUUUGAGAUAUUUCAAUGUUGGACGAAACAAUAUCUAUGUUGGUGUUACAGCGCAACAUGAAGAUUUGUAUUUUGGCGGAAAUUCAAAUGAAAGAUUGGAAUUUGUUGGAAUUGGUAACUCGUAUGAAUUUGAAAAUGAAGAACAAAUGGACAAAUUAGCUCAAUCUUUGAAAAUUGUUGCUCCCAACUUGAAACGUUUUGAUUGGCUCGAGGAUAAUCCAAAAUUAAACAAGAAAAUUGCUGCACUUUAUCCAAACAUUGAACAGCCAACUAAGUAUGAUAUCAGAGAUGAUAGUGAGAAUAAUUCUGAAUAA